UCCAGUCACCAGCUCUCUGCUCCUCCUCAUCCUCUGCUAUGUGGGCUCCACCACAGCAAAACCGGGAACCUGUCCGAUUCCAAAAACAAAAUGUGCGAUGCCACUUAUAAAAGGAUCAUGUAAAUUUGACAAGGACUGUAAUGGACAACUGAAAUGCUGCGCCCCGGAGUGUAAACCGAAAUGCAUGAGGCCAGAGAAACCUGGGAAGUGUCCUAUAGUGUAUACACUUGUAAAAUGUUCUACUCCUGCUCCUAAGCCGAAGUGCAACUAUGACUAUGACUGUCCUAAGGCUAAGAAGUGCUGUAAUUACGCCUGUCAGGUGCAGUGCGUCGAUCCUGUAUAACCAAAGCCCUGAACAUCGGCCAUGAGCACCAAGGAGGAUCCAUAGUCCGCUCCAGUGUCCUAUAUAAUUCUGUAUUUACAGCCGUGUUUACACUAUCUAAUAAAAGGAUCAUCC